UGAAUGCGCGAGCGCCGGGUCCGGUUCUAGUUUAAUGUACAGUUUAGAGCGCGCGAGCGCUGGAAAGGCGUUGAUAACGGAGGGAGUGACGCGCGCGCGAGGUGAAAGAGGCGUGCUGAGAGCGGCUCGUGCUGCACAUGGAGGAGUUUAUAGAGCAUUAUAAACACUACACUGCAGUGGAGCGGGCGUGGCUAUGUGAGGUGUACACAGGAGUAUGUGAUUGGCUGCACCCGGUGGUGGGUGUGUCCCUGGGUGUGUCUGAGGAGCAGCUGGCGCACGCUGUGGUGUUGAGACUUCAGAGGACUCGCCGCUCUCUCCCCGUCAGCUGCAGGUUCCUCUCAGUGGCACAGCUAAUCAGCACACAGCACACAUCCUGCUUUAGCAGUCUCACCUGGAGCACCAGUCAGCACAGAGAAUGGACCAGGGAGGCGGAGCAACAGCUGCCCGGUCACAUGGCCAUGCCACGAACCAACCUCAUCCUGAUUGGCCUGCUGUGUGAUGGGCGUGGCUUGGGACAAUGUGACGGCUUUUGGAGAGUGAGAGACGCCAGUGGGAGUGUGUACUGUGAGGUCCUGAGCUCGUCACCACUCUGGCUCGGGAGGCUGAUGCUCUUCCCCACCUGGACCUACGUUUCCCAAAAUGCACCAGGCCAGCAACCUGAUAGCUGGUUAGAGCUAAUCGACUCUCCUGUCUGUGUGACCCCUGACCUCACGGCAUUUGACCCCGAAGGGUCACUGAGUGAUGUCAUCGGGGUCAGGAAGGCAGUCAGGCUGCUGAGACAGAAGAGCAGUAGAGGAACGUAUAUGUCUGUGUAUGGGGAGGUGUGUGUGAUCUGCCCCCUGCUGGCCAUUUCUGGGAAAACCUUCUUCUGCCUGGUCCUGAGUGAGGGAGACGCGAGCGUCCCGGUCCUGCUCACGGUCCCAGAGUGUUUGUACUGGAGACAGUGUGUGUGUGUAGGCCAGAGUGUGUGUAUUUCAGCACUGCGUGUGUGUUCUGUCCGAGGGUGGGCGGGGCAUCGAGUGUUGUCUGUCACCACAGAGUCCCACCUCCUACAUCCAAGCUCCAGUACACACAGAGACUCAGAGGACAUGAACACACACUCAGAAACACAAACAGACUCACUUACACAGUCACAGACAGACACACACACGCACACACACCUGCAGCAGGACCCUGAAUGUGAGGAGGCCCAGGUGCAUGAUGGUCCGGUGCGAACAAAACUCUCCAAAAUCAUCAGCUACAAGGGCCGUAUCACCGGAGUCCAUUCAGCGGAGGCGGGGCUUUAUCAGAUUGAUGGGAAGAUGCUGCUGUGUCUGGCAUAUCAGCCACAGAGGAAGUGGGGCGGCGGCUUGAGGCCAGGGGCGGAGAUUGAGCUCCACCACGUGCACUUCCUGUUCCGGCCGUCUCCUCUCGCCCCGGACGUCGUGCUCGCUGCCUGUUUACGCUCCAGCGUCUCUCUCCUGACCUUCAGUCCCCUCAGGUCAAAGGUCACACAGAGGUCAGGCAGCUCUCUCACACGCUACCUGCUGGAGAAGAACCUCAGCGUGUCGCAGUACCUGUGGCUCUGCUACUGCCACACUGCUCUUACUGACAGGUUGUGUCCACGCUGGCUGUGUGCAGAGCGAGUGUGUGUGGUGGCAGGAAGGUUACUGCAGGUCGUUUUAGAAGAUGGAGAGACGGAAAAACAGAAGAGAGACAUUUAUAAAGAAAUGCUGCAGGACACACACACCUGUCCUCUCACUCAGUACUGUGUGUCUAGUCCCAGUGUGUCUCCGUGCUCGAUAAAGGAGCUCUGUGAUUGGAUGGAGGAGGAGACGUGGGCGUGUCUCUCUCUGUCAUCCCUCCUUCCAUCCUCUGCAUGUCACAUGACCCGAGCUCAGCUGAACCCACUGCUGUCGUGGUCAGCGCAAAUGCACACCCUGACGCAAACACACGCCCUGGCGGCGAGAACACACACCCCAUCGCAGACGCACGCCACGCCGCAGGCGCACGCAGUGUUAGUGGGCGUGCUGGAGCUGAGUGUGGGCGGAACCACAGUGACACUCGUGGACCAGACCGGAGCCAUUGAUUGUGUGUGUGUGCAGAGUUCAGCCUCAGAGCAGUGUGUGUCCAUCAAUACAGCAUGGAUAGGGUGUCUGGUGUGUGUUCGUCGGUGUACGUUAGUGAUGGAGAGAUUCCUGAAGACAGAUUUUCCCUCUUGGAAACAUCUGGACCAGCACAGACACAUCUCACACAGACACUGCAGAGUGUAUAUCUGUGUGUGUGUGGAUGAUCUGCACAUUUUGAGCCCCUCAGCUGCCAUGAGCUCCCUCAUCCGAGAGAGAGAGGGAGAGACUGAUGGAGAGAUGGAGAGGAGGAAGAAGAGGAGAGACGAAAGGCAGGAGGAUGAAGAGAACUCCUCCCUCCAUCACGAUCAUCCUGAGAGAGCAAAAGCAGCACAAGAAGAAAGAGGAGAAGGUGUAGGAGGAGAGGGAGAUGAAGGGAUGGAGGUGGACGAGUGCGAGGUGGCGGGUCCGUCCCAAACCAGCAGGAGGGGGGAGACAGAGGGGUCGAGUGCAGAGUCCUGCGUGUCGCUGCUGUUUCAUGUGCGCUCCAAACAGGGCGUGGCUUUUCGAAACGUCCAGUCAACCAGAGAGGCGCACUCGCUGGCUCUGAGCUUUGUCGCCAAGGCAGCACGCCUCGGGGGGGUGCAAGUUUGGGACAGGGACCCAAAGAACUGCAGAGUGGAGGAGAGAGAGACGGAGGGGGCAGAGAGCAGCAUGGAGCUGCAGUUUGUGGACUCUGCUGUUCGUUGGUUUCCCUUGCUGCAGCCUGGAACAGUGUAUAGACUAAUCGCCCUACACACACAGGAUGUAAGUGUGUUGUCCUGUAGCUGUGUUCCUGUGAGGGGCGGAGUUUCUCUCCUUGAUAGUCCCGCCCUCCUCGUACAACCUAAGUGGCGCAUACACACACUUACACCGGCACUGCUUUUAUCCCAGCCGGAGAUUCAGAGGGUGAUGAGUGUCUCUGAAGUCUUGCAUGCUUGCUCGGCUGACGUCGUCUCCUUUUAUGGCGUGAUCUCGGAGCGAAUCACGCUGCAGGAGGAGACGAGUAAAACCCCCGCCGUCCAAUCACUGAUCAGCACUAAACACGGUGUGAUGGAGACAGGUCUCCGUGCGCGUCUCACUCUGCAGGAUGUUGAGAAACCACAUCACACACUGCAGGUGUACCUAGAUUUUACCCACAAUGCCUACACACCUGGUCUCAUCGCCGGGGCGACCGUUCACCUGAACCACUUCCAACGCAAAGUGUCCGCUGUGUGUAAUGUGUACUGCUGGUCUCUGCCCAUUAGCUGUGUGACAGUGGCAGGUCUGGGCUUGGUUAAGCCCCGCCUUCCUUGUCCCAUGAUGCACCUGGGCGAGUGGGCUACAGUCCGGGCAAAGCAUGGCAUCGUGGGUCAGGUCAAAGGUCAUGUGGUGUGUGUUCUGUCUCUGAGGAUGCAGUGGACGUGUUCUCUCUGUGGGAGUGUGUUUAAACAGGCUGCCUGCACUCAACACUGUCCUCCAUGUGACUCCUCCAGCGCAGUGUUUCAGGCCGAGGCCAAAGUGGCAGUAGAUGACGGUACAGGUGAGGCUCAGGUUUGGUUUCCUACUGAAACUUUGUCUAACCUGCUGCUGCUCAGCGAGUCAGAGUGGGAGGGGCUUCAGCGUCUUGUCAGGGUCAAAGGUCAUGUAAGAGUGUACACUCGUGGGCGGAGCAUGGUGUGUGAUGUAGACCCUGAGGAUCCACUGGUGCUGUAUCUGAGCUGUGUGUGUUCCAGCAGCACAGUGUGUCGCAACAUCACACUCACUUGUCAACUGCGCUCUCACAAACCAGAGAAAGCCCAGUUGAGGAAGGUUAGCCGAGGAGAACGAGAGUUUCUCACCAAGUUUCCCAAACCACUACAACUACAGUGCACACACAUACACACACACACCAUCACAUAGCAACGCACACUCCAUGACACACACACACACUCAUACACACAACUACAGAAAAGUGUACAUUUACAUAAAAAUAUAUUUUAUACAUUUUAUAUAUUUUAACAGUUUGCUGUUGUUUGUUAAGUGAUAAUGUUUAAAAUUAUUUUAUGACAUUAAAUCCUAAACACUGGGAAUUAACUGUGUGUGUGUGUGUGUGU